AUGUCAGAUACACCGGAAAAAACCCCGAACCAGCUAAUCUCGCCGACGAGUUCUCGUUCUGUAACCGAGACGGUAAACGGAUCGCACCAUUUCUUAAUCCAGGGGUACUCUCUGGCGAAAGGCAUGGGCAUCGGAAAACACAUAGCCAGCGAUUAUUUCACCGUCGGAGGUUACCAGUGGGCUAUUUACUUUUACCCGGACGGUAAAAACCCUGAGGAUAAUAACACUUAUGUGUCGGUUUUUAUUGCGUUGGCCAGCGAGGGCACGGACGUGAGGGCGUUGUUCGAGUUGACCUUGAUUGACCAGAGCGGGAAAGGGAAGCACAAGGUGCACAGCCAUUUCGAUAGGUCGCUUGAGAGCGGACCUUAUACUCUUAAAUACCGCGGCAGCAUGUGGGGAUAUAAGCGCUUUUUCAGGCGAGGUCUGCUUGAAACUUCAGAUUAUCUAAAAGAUGAUUGCUUGAAGAUCAACUGUACUGUUGGAGUUGUAGUUUCUGCUAUCGAUUGUUCGAGGUUACAUUCAAUUCAAGUCCCUGAUUCUGAUAUUGGACCACAUUUCGGUAUGCUGCUGGAAAAUAUGGAGGGUUCUGAUAUUAUUUUUAAUGUGUGUGAUGAGGAUAAGCAAGAGAUUACUGUUUCAGAUAUGGAGCCUAAGGUUUUUAAGGCUAUGCUGCACUUUGUAUACAGAGAUGCCCUUGUGGAAGACGAGCUGACAGCAUCUAGCUCUUCUGCUCCCAUGGUAUCUGACACGUUAACAGCAAAGUUGCUGGCUGCAGCCCAUCGUUAUGAUCUGGGAAGACUUAGACGCAUGUGUGAAUCUCAUCUCUGCAAGGAUAUAUCCGUAAAUUCUGUUGCACAGAUACUUUCUUUGGCAGACCGUUUUCGUGCUGAAGAACUAAAAGCUGUUUGCCUUAGAUUUGCUGCUGAAAACCUGGCUGCUGUUAUGCGUUCGGAUGGCUUUGAAUAUCUUAAAGAAAAUUGCCCUGCCUUGCAAUCAGAGAUAUUGAAGACUGUGGCUGGCUGUGAUGAGGAUUGCAGCAGUGGUGGUGGCAAGUCUCGAAGUGUAUGGGCUCAGCUUUCUGACGGUGGCGAUACAAAUGGAAGGAGGGUAAGACAGCGGACUUGA